CUUCCCUGCCGUCCGCCCGCCCGCGCGUCCGACGCGGGGGCCGCCGCCGCGUCUGCGUUCGCCAUGCGUCCCGGGGCGCCGGGGCCACUGUGGCCGCUGCCCUGGGGGGCCCUGGCAUGGGCCGUGGGCUUCGUAGGCACCGUGGGCUCGGGGGACCCCGCGCCCGGUGGGGUUUGCUGGCUCCAGCAGGGCCGAGAGGCCACCUGCAGCCUUGUGCUGAAGACGGACGUGAGCCGGGCUGAGUGUUGUGCAUCUGGCAACAUUGACACUGCCUGGUCCAACUUCACCCACCCGGGGAACAAGAUCAGCCUCCUGGGCUUCCUGGGCCUCGUCCAUUGCCUCCCCUGCAAAGAUUCGUGCGAAGGGGUGGAGUGCGGCCCUGGCAAGGCCUGCCGCAUGGUAGGGGGCCGCCCGCGCUGCGAGUGCGCGCCCGACUGCGCAGGGCUCCGGGCGCGUCUGCAGGUCUGCGGCUCCGACGGCGCCACCUACCGCGACGAAUGCGAGCUGCUCGCCGCGCGCUGCCGCGGCCACCCGGACCUGCGCGUCAUGUACCGGGGCCGCUGCCGCAAAUCGUGCGCUCACGUGGUGUGCCUGAGGCCGCAAUCGUGCGUCGUGGACCAGACGGGCAGCGCGCACUGCGUGGUGUGUCGCGCGGCACCCUGCCCCGCACCCUCCAGCCCUGGCCAGGAGCUCUGUGGCAACAACAACGUCACCUACAUGUCCUCAUGCCACCUCCGCCAGGCCACCUGCUUCCUGGGCCGCUCCAUCGGCGUGCGUCACCCGGGCAGCUGUACAGGCACCCCUGAGCUGUUAGAUGCUGAGUCGGAGGAGGAGGAAGAGAACUUUGUGUGAGCUUGUGGGGCCGGCCUGGGCCUGGUGUUCAAGGUCUCCCCGUUUUAUUUAUUGCCACAGCAGAGUCUAAUUUAUGUCUGACGGACACUCCCCAGAGCCUGGACUGGUACCAUUUUGGGAGCCCUGGUGCUCCCCCUACGAUAUCUUGGCAGGAUUGGGGGAAGGAGGCCUGGGGGCCUGGCUGGUGGGUGGAUGGCACUGCACCUGCACCCCAGGCACCAUACUGCCCAGGAGGACCCCACUGCUUCUGCUCCUUGGGGGUAACUGUUAAUUAUCAUGGCCCCUGAGAGGGCUGGGGAUUUUCUGCCAGCAAGUAAUGAGACACCCUGCCUUCUCAAACAGGAGCCAGGAGGUGAGAGGGGUCCAAGGCCUGGGUUUGUCCAGAUGAACACCAUGUCCUAUGGUGCCCGACCCACCUAGGCUUGCUCACUGGCUCAGGGUGGGGUGCAGAUGCCAAGACCCGCUGCACAUCUGGCAUUCUGGAGCUCUGCAUCCAUGGGUCACCCCCUUGGUGUGAGUGCCUACUGCCCUGUCCACAGGUGGGGUCCACACCUGGGACCCUUCAGUCCCCCACAUCCUGCCCUGGCCAGGCCGCUAGGUCCAGUGCCCAGCUGGACCCGCCUCGCCUGCCAGCUGGAUUCCCUUCACCUGCCUGGGCUGUUGCUGUGUGUCACCUGUGCCUGUGUGUGGACUGGAGGCUCAGACCUGAGGUUGGGGCCCAGUGGAGCAGGAGCCCAGCUCCACAAGUUCAGAACGUAGGGCAGUGGUGCUCGUCCUUCUCAGCCUCCAGGAAGUGCCUUAUCUGUGACACCCAGAAAGUGCCCUUGAAUAGUGGGUUUACCCUGAGCCCCCACCCGCACCCCGACAAGGCAACCUACCCCCUGGGGUCCUGCCUAUCCCACCAAAGAAAUAAACACUGAAAAAGCA